CGCGCAGGGGGACCAUGCCGCGCUCCUUCCUGGUGAAAACGCACUCCAGCCACAGGGUCUCCAACUACAGGCAGCUGGAGACGCAGAGAGAAAUUAAUGGCCCCUGUUCUGCCUGCAGGGGGCUGGCGGUGCCCCUCCUCCUCCCAGACAAGGCGGCCUCUUCCACCCCUGGCGACCCUCCCCUGCCGUGGGACCGCACCUCUGCCGUCUGCCCCAUCUCCCUGCCCCUUCCGCGUACUGAGGAAGCUCGGGGGGCCUCCGGGCCAGACCCCCUGGAAGGCAGCCGGGCGGACCUCUGGAGCGGCCGGGCCCCCAGCGAGCCCCUCAAAGACAGCCUGAACCACCUCAACCUGCCCCUGCUGCGGGUUCCGCCCACACGGUGGCCCCCGAUCCCGGGCCCGGACGGGGGCCAGGCUCCAGGCAGACUCCAGGCGGCCCCGGGGGGCCUCGGGCGCCCGCACUGCCACAAGCCCUGCCACCUGCGGGCGCCCCGCUGCUUCACCUGCAGGUUCUGUGACAAGGAGUACGCCAGCCUGGGCGCCCUCAAGAUGCACAUCCGCACACACACGCUGCCCUGCCUCUGCUCUGUCUGCGGCAAGGCCUUCUCCAGGCCCUGGCUGCUGCAGGGCCACAUCCGGACCCACACAGGUGAGAAGCCGUACACCUGCUCACACUGCGGCAGGGCCUUCGCCGACCGCUCCAAUCUCCGGGCCCACCUGCAGACACACUCGGACACCAAGAAAUACCAGUGCAAGAGCUGCGCCAGGACCUUCUCCCGCAUGUCGCUCCUGGCGCGGCACGAGGAGUCUGGCUGCCGCCGCGGCCCCUGACGGGUGCGGGCUCAGUGCCGGCGGGAGGGACAGGACCUCACCCCUCUCGGCACCCGUGAUGCCCAGCGAGCCCGGCCCCACGCUCGCUCGGCGGGUGCCUCCUCUCCCCGCCGGCCACCCACCUCGGUCCAGGGCCAGAGCCGCCCGCGGGCUGU